AUGAAGUAUACCGUUUUCUUGCCAUCUUUAGAUCUUUGUUUGCAAGAAUCCUACUGUGGUUACCCUGGAUUUCAUCUCAACUGCAGCAAACAUGGCUAUCCAACGAUUAGUUUACCAGAAAAUGACUAUAUAGUCGAAAGCAUUUCCUAUCCUAAUCGUUCUUUUCGUGUUUAUAAUGCUGCUGUUUCGAGUACUUCAAACCUUAGAUGCCUUCCACAAAUCAUAAACACGACAUUUCCUACCAGGGAGUUUCGUUAUGUUAAUGCAUCAAUGCUUUAUUUGUUGUCCAAUUGUACAGAACCGUUGUCUAAUGAUCUUUUGCAAUACAAGGUUGUCUGUCAGGGUGACAAAAGAGAUAAUUUGGUUUUAGCACUAUGGGAUGAGGAUGAAAAUUUGCAGAAGGGAUUGGAAAAUUGCGAAAAACAUGUGGUGGCGCCGGUGGAAGUGCAUGGAGAUGAAGAGAGGAUUGGAAUGGGAGAGUAUGAGGAGAUUUUGAGGAGAGGGUUUGCACUGAAUUGGUCAGUCGAGGGUGACUGCAGGAGAUGUGAGAGAUCUGGCGGCCGAUGUGGCUUUAACAGCACUACUUUCAGGUUCCGUUGCUUCUGCCGUGAUGGACCCGGUUGGAGUUGCAGACCACGUACAGAUUCAGUAGAUGUGAGAGAGAUGGCGGCCGAUGUGGCUUUAACACCACUACUUUCAGGUUCCGUUGCUUCUGCCUUGACGGACCCAGUUGGAGUUGCAGACCACGAGAUUCAGGAUCAAUCAGCCUUGAAAGUGGAACAACACGAGUUCAAUAUUAGUGCUGAUUCAGCUAAGGCAACUAAUGAAGGCAAUGGAAGCACUAGUGUUGUAGAGACAGAGAAUAAAUCCAGUGAAAAGUUAUCAGAAGAUUCAAACAACGUUGAGUUAACUGAUCAGAUUUCAAGCAUAGAUACAAAAGAAUCUUCUGGUUGUAGUGCAGAUUUAGAAAGUGUUGGAUAUGUGGAGGAAUGUUAA